AUGAAGGUGAGCCUGAAAAAUUAUAACAAGAUACUGGUCGACCAAAAACACAAACUGGAAACUAAACCAUUCUCUGGGGGUAUUUAUAGGGCCUCCAGCACUCAGAUCACCAGUCUGUGGGUUCCAACCACUUGCUAUAAACAUUUGGUGACAACUCGUGCCAUAAUGCAACGUCUCAGCCUCCUCAUCUUGGCCGCCUGCCUCUCCCUGGCGCUGACAAAGAGCGUCAGUACAACGGAGAAGCCCUGUGAGGACUACUGCGAGAUUGAAGGCCAAAAUAACCAAUACGAAUGCUGCGACCGAAACCCGGGACGAUGCCCCACCGUCAAGCGGCCCUAUUGCCCUCAGAUACACAUAUCCGUUCGCUCCUGCCGCUUCGACACCCACUGCGAAAAGCACGAGAAAUGCUGCGAAGAACCUUGCCUGACCCACAAGGUGUGCAAACCUGCCAUUCAGGGGCCGCGCGCUGGGUGACGUCACUGCUGCUGCUGCGGGAGGCAGGAGAAGGAAGCCUACCGGCGACCCUAUUUACUAUACAGAUACAUAUACGUAGACAUACAUACAAAUAUAUAUACAUGCAUACACUGGACUUGAUUAAUAAAGUGUUAUAUACUUCA